AUGCUAGUAUUGCCGGCUCUCGAUAACUUCCUUCGUUCGCUAGCCGGUUGUUGUGUGAUGACUUACGUGCUGGGCGUAGGCGAUCGUCACAAUGACAACAUCAUGAUUCGCUAUUCCGGUCACGUGUUCCACGUGGAUUUCGCCAAAGUGUUCGGGAAUGUGCAGACAUUUGCCGGGUUCAAACGCGAUCGUGUCCCGUUUGUCCUGACGCAAGAUAUGCUGCAUGUACUUCAGGCUUACUCCCGUGAAAUUAGUGAAGCGUCUGGUGCCAUCACGGGUUUCGGGAACGCACCGAGUUCGGGCGCCGGACGCAGUCACAAUUCGAAUCGAGAAGGCGUUCAACUAUUCAUCGAUUAUUGUUGUGAAGCCUAUAAUUUGAUCCGAAAACAUUCGUAUGCGUUGCUGUCGAUCUUAGAGAUGGGUUUGACAAUGGAUAUUCCUGGAGUAACUUUGGACAGCGUGCGGUAUGUGAUGCGUGCACUGAAACUCAAUUUAUCCGAACAACAGGCCAGUCAGCAUUUCACCGAAUUAAUUCGAAAAACUCUUCAAUCGAAAUUGCCAGCACUCAAUUUUUUUGUUCACGGUUUGGCUCAAGUCAAGCAGGCUUCCAGUGGUGGUGGCGUUUCGGGCACUGGACCUGGUAGCCCCAAUGUCCAGACGCAUUCUCCACGCAGUUCCAUGUCUCGGAUGGAGAACCGAACUAUGGAUAUGUCUCCGGAUAGGAUGAAUCCCAGCUCCAACAUUGCGGGAAGCCGAACAGCACCUCACAAUAACACCGGUCAAUUGUUAUCGUUUAAUCCAAAACGUUUCAGCUACACCCAAGACGGACAUAUUGAUGCGGUGGUCGUCGAGGCCGCGGUGAAGAAGAAACCGAACGACAAACAUCUAGAUCAUUAUUUUCCCAUGUAUGUGUGGAGAAAGAACUGUCGUGUGCCCACUCGCGUCUAUCGUCGAAUUGCCGAUUUGAACGAGCUCAGUUUGGCUGUACAGGAGACCUACACCGAUUCGCCGGUUCUCGCAAUACUACCGCACCUGCUCAACGCUCUAAACAGUGGCAAUGUGACCUCAGUGAAAACGCAGAACAAUGUGCAAACCUUGGUUGACACACUGCUGGAAGAGGAUGAAGUCAUAAGCAAAAGUGACCUGGUGUACACGUUUUUCCACAGCGUGUUGUUCGAUGAGCGAUUUUCGGCUGAGGAUGCUGCUCAACUGACUGCCGGCUCUUCUCAGAUGGCAUUUUGGGCUCCCACACAACUGCCAUGCGAGUUACCGUUGUCUAGCGAUCGUUCCCGUUCGGACUUCACUCUGCCAUUGCUGACUCCGUCUGUAGCCACAAUCGGGCCGGCAGUGGAUCCUCGAGAUUUCUGUUCGGCCGCAGCAGCGCAACGUGUGGCUGACAGCCUGCCAGCUCUACAACUCGAACUUUGUCUGAGCGAGAAUAUGCAACAGCUGGAUUUGUUGAUUAAACACGGUCGCGCACUGCUGAUACCUGGAUCUAAUGAACUACCAGAUGUAUACGUCAAAGUCUAUUUGUUAUCUGGACGUCGACGAAAAUCCACCAAACGAAAAACUGCCAUAAUUCGUCGAUCCAGCUCUCCCUCAUUCAAUACAACAUUCACGUACGAGUUGACGCCACACGAUGUACAGGUUGGGUUUCUCGAAAUAUCCGCAUGGCAUGCUGUAAAUCUGGGCGAGAAUUUCUCACUCGGUCAAGUCUACAUUCAGCUGCGAUCAUUAACUCCUGGACGUUCGAGCACCAAAUGGUAUCCUUUGAAUUCCGAUUGGGAUACGGUAUGA